AUGGAUGUGAAUAUAUUCGCCGACUUAUUAGGAAUGCUUUCUCCAUACCUGACAAAGAAAAGUCCGAAAGCUUUAUCACCUGAGCAACGUCUCGCAAUUACUCUCAGAUAUCUAGCUACAGGUGACCAGAUGCUGUCAAUAGCAUUAGCUUAUCGUGUUGGCGAAUCAACAGCACACGCUGUUGUAAAAGAAACAUGUGCUGCGAUAGUUACUGCAUUGUCACCUAUUUAUUUACGUACUCCAAAUGAAGAAGAAUGGAAAGAAAUUUGUGCAGGAUACCUACAACACUGGAAUUUCCCUAAUUGUGUUGGAGCGAUAGACGGGAAGCAUGUACAAAUCCAGGCACCGCCAAAUUCUGGCAGUUUAUAUUAUAAUUAUAAGAAAACUUUUAGCAUAGUACUGCUAGCUGCAUGUGAUUAUAAUUAUAAAUUUACUCUGAUAGAUGUCGGUUCAUAUGGUAGCGAAUCUGACAGUGGAAUUUUUAAUGAAUCUAAUCUGUCAGCAGCAUUUCGUGAUAACACUUUGCAUUUGCCAAAGGGUACUGCAAGAUUGCCAGGUUCGGAAUUACAAACGCCAUGUUUUUUUGUCGCGGACGAUGCUUUUGCUCUCACAGAACACAUGAUGAAACCAUACUCAAAGAGACAUCUUAGCGAUAAAGAACUAAAUUUCAACUAUCGACUUUCUCGCGCUAGACGUACUAUUGAAAACGCUUUUGGUAUUUUAGCCGCUCGGUGGAGAAUUUUUCGAAGGCCAAUUGCCAUUAACCCUUGUUAUGCUGAUAACAUUGUUGUAAGUGCUCUUUGUCUCCACAAUUUCUUGAAAGUAGUUAACGAUGAGCAACCUGCAUCAAAGAGAAUGUAUUGUCCACCAAAUUUCGUCGAUUGCGAAGAUACAAACGGCAAUGUAACACCAGGAGCUUGGAGAUCUGUCGAAAGAACUCAAAUGCAAGCUAUUAGAAGAAGACCUCCAUGCCGUGCGGCACAAAAAGCAUUUCAACAAAGAGACGCUUUGGCACAAUAUUUCUUGACUCCAGAGGGCGAAGUACCAUGGCAGUAUGAAUAUAUCCAAAGAGGACGAUAUGCUGCUUGA